ACCAAUAAUCAAAAUCUACUUGUGACAGGGCACAUUAUUUAGGAGAAUGGACAGCCAUUCAUCUGAUCUGGAUAAGAUAUUUCUAAACGCUAACACUAUAAUAUACAUAGAAUUUCCUUAAACAAAGCAAUAUAAACAUACUCUAACAAGCCAUGAAAACUCUUACCAUUCUACAACAAAUCACACCUUCACACAUCACAAAACCAACUCCAUGGCCACAAAGCAACCCAGCCCCCCACCACAACCGCCGUGGGAUACCGUUCCCGCCGCCAAGAACGUGGCGGCUGCACGGCGGAGCAAAAGGUAGAGAACCCAUAGCCAGAAAGAGUAAUUACACAGAAAGAAAUGACAAGAAUGAUGAUGACAAGAUACCUGAGGUGGUGUGGGAGAGGAUGAUAUCAAGAAUCUUGUUCUCCGUUGGGGUGCCAUUAGGGAUUGGCUUCGCUUUUCUGCAGGCUUUUGGUGUGUUGAAAGAACAAGAACUGUGGGAUGUGCCCAAAUGGCUGCCAUUCUUGACGACUUUCAUUACUUUCGGCUCCUCGGCACUUGGCAUUGCUUAUGGCAGUCUGUCGACGAGCUUGGAUGCAGAGGAAGAGGGCUCGUUUCUUGGGCUUGAACAGCUAGAGAAGAACUGGGCUGAGAUGUGGGAAGAAGAAGAUGAGAGUGGCAGAUAGGUACAUUUGAGUUUGUAGAUUGUCAUACGUUUAUCAGUUGUUUUUGUUCCUUUUAAGUAAAUCCGUUGCGCCGUAAUUUCAAUUA